UUCACUUGUUGCCUGUAUAUUCCCUAUAUAAAAUAAAUUCGGAUCUGGAAACGUAGAUUCUUGUAAAGACUGAAGAAGUUCUGGUGAAUGGAGACGACCGCGGAGCUCCCAUGGGACCUAAUCGUGCAGAUUCUUCGCCGGUUACCUGUGAAAGAUCUGCUGCGCUACAUGUGCGUAUCGAAGUCAUGGUGCUCCCUGAUCAACGGCCUUGAUUUCAUCAAUCUGCACCUCAAACACAUUCCGGAAUCUCCUUCCCAAUUGGGGUUCGUGUCCGGAGACGACAACAAUCUCUGCUGGACUGCUUCGAAUGAUCUCGACUCUUUCGUUCGACUCACUUGCCCAAUAGACUUAGGAACUGGGGUCAGCGUUCUCGGAAGCUGCAAUGGAUUGCUUGCUAUUAUGAACCCCGAUUCAGAUAUGGCGAUUUGGAACCCUUUCAUUCGAAGGUACAUCACUUUACCCAUCUCUGAUCAUUUCCAGUCUAUUCCCGAGCAUGAAAUCCAUGUUUUUCUCACCGGAUUUGGACACGACCCGGUCACUGACGACUAUAAGUUGAUGAUAUUAAUCGACCCUCGUGAGCGUUUAACUGAUACUAUUCACGGCGAGGUCAAGAUUUACAGUGUAAAUGGCAAAUCGUGGAAAAAAAUUGAUGAUUUCCCAAAACACUUUGAUUACCAUUCUUACAAUGGUGUCCUUUGCGGCAAUGCUUUGCACUGGUUGGUAAAUUCAAGGCGUGAUAAUUCUUACUUGAUUUUGGCCUUUGAUCUUGUUACUGAAACUGCCCGGGAGAUUCAGCUGCCUCUAAAGCAUUGUCCUUGUCUGCAGCUUGUGAAUCUAGAAGGCUCACUUUGUGCUGUAAUCUAUAAUGUUAGAUUUUCAUAUUUUGAGGUGUGGGAGAUGAAGGAAUACGGGGUCAAGGAGUCUUGGGCUAUGUUGUCUCCUCUUCCAACUCCCCCCUUGUUAGAAUUCCCGUUUUUCAAGAAUGGUGAUCAUGUUUUGUUUCAUAACUGUGAAACCCUCUUCCUCUAUGAUAUCAAAACAAAGGUUUCGAACAAAAGGGAGGUCGCAGGUUCCGAUUUUCCCAGAAUUUGUCACGCCCGUGUUUGGGUUUGUGUUAAGAGCCUGGUGGGACUUCAUUUUAGUGAAAGUACUUCAAAUGGGAAGGAGCACGCUGCUACACAGUGAGAUGAUUUCCUAAGCUAAUGAUUUAAAUUGGGUUUAAAAGGUCGUGCAGAAAAGUUAGUAGCAAGACAGCAGAAGCUCUCAUUUUGGUUACAGGAAUCGAGUUUUGUGGGAUAUUCAGACAUGGAUUCAUGAUGAAAUUCGAAAAUGUUGCUGCUGAUAGUGAUUUGUCUCUGACAUUAGUUUAUAGUUUAUGUUUCCAGGAUGACUCUGUAAUCAGUAGUUGCUUACAUAAUUGUUAUCUAUAUUUUGUGGAUUUGACUUUGGAUAUUCAAACAUAAUUGUUACUUAAAAGAAAAGGAGAAUUUGACUUUGGAUUCUAUUUUCGGAGUGAUAUAUGGAUUUGUACUUUAUUUCCAAAA